AUGGUAAGGUCUCAUGGUUCACUUUCUCAGCUGAAUGUUUGUGGACAGGCUCCUCUAAACACUCGUAUUGUGGGUGGUGUGAAUGCACCUGAGGGUUCAUGGCCGUGGCAGGUCAGUCUGCACACUUCUGGACGUCAUUUUUGCGGAGGCUCCCUCAUCAACAAUGAAUGGGUGCUGACAGCAGCUCACUGCUUACCUGGUGUCAGCACGUCCAGUCUGCGUGUGUAUUUGGGAAGGAGGACACAGGAGGGAGUCAAUACCCAUGAAAUCAGUAGAAAUGUGAGAACCAUAAUCGUUCACCCCUCUUAUGACAGCAACACAAACAACAAUGACAUCGCUCUGCUCCGGCUGUCCUCCACAGUCACCUUUAAUAACUAUAUUAGACCCGUGUGUCUGGCGGCCCAGAGCAGCGUCUUCAUUUCUGGCACCAGCAGCUGGAUCACAGGCUGGGGAGAUGUUCAAGCUGGAGAGAGUUUACCUUCUCCUGGGAUCCUGCAGGAGACUAUGGUUCCAGUGGUGGCUAAUGAUCGAUGUAAUACUCUUUUGGGUUCUGGAUCUGUUACCAGCAACAUGAUGUGUGCUGGUUUGACACAGGGAGGCAAAGACACCUGCCAGGGGGAUUCUGGAGGUCCAAUGGUGAGCAGGCAGUGCACAGUGUGGGUUCAGUCUGGCAUCACCAGCUGGGGUUAUGGCUGUGCUGAUCCCAACUCUCCUGGUGUUUACACACGUGUGUCUCGAUAUCAGAGUUGGAUCACCAACAGAAUUGGUCAGAACCUGCCAGGAUUUGUCGCCUUCAACCCCCCGACCUCAUGCUCCUCUGCCAGCCUAACCUCAACCUCCUGUAGGGGGAGAUGCAAUGAGAAGUACAACAGUCGCUUUCGCUGCAACUGCAAUACUAACUGCAGUAUAAACUGCUGCAGAGAUUACAGACAGCGUUGUGCCAUGAACCAGAUUACCAUCAGCAUCCAUUCUGCUAGCAAACAGAGGGACUGUGUGAAGAUGUGGAGAUUAACGUGUGUCACUUUGACCCUGCUCAUGUGUGCCAAAGGUUCACUUUCUCAGCUGAAUGUUUGUGGACAGGCUCCUCUAAACACUCGUAUUGUUGGUGGCGUGAACGCACCUGAUGGGUCGUGGCCGUGGCAGGUCAGUCUGCACAGCUCUCUCUAUGGAGGUCAUUUUUGUGGAGGCUCCCUCAUCAAUAAUGAAUGGGUGCUGACAGCAGCUCACUGCUUACCUGGUGUCAGUGCAUCCAGUCUGCGUGUGUAUUUGGGAAGAAGGACACAGGAGGGAGUCAAUACCCAUGAAAUCAGUAGAAAUGUGAGAACCAUAAUCGUUCACCCCUCUUAUGACAGCAACACAAACAACAAUGACAUCGCUCUGCUCCGGCUGUCCUCCACAGUCACCUUUAAUAACUAUAUUAGACCCGUGUGUCUGGCGGCCCAGAGCAGCGUCUUCAUUUCUGGCACCAGCAGCUGGAUCACAGGCUGGGGAGAUGUUCAAACUGGAGCGAGUUUACCUUCUCCUGGGAUCCUGCAGGAGACUAUGGUUCCAGUGGUGGCUAAUGAUCGAUGUAAUACUCUUCUGGGUUCUGUAUCUGUUACCAGCAACAUGAUGUGUGCUGGUUUGACACAGGGAGGCAAAGACACCUGUCAGGGGGAUUCUGGAGGUCCAGUGGUGAGCAGGCAGUGCACAGUGUGGGUUCAGUCUGGCAUCACCAGCUGGGGUUAUGGCUGUGCUAAUCCCAACGCACCUGGUGUUUACACCCGUGUGUCUCGAUAUCAGAGUUGGAUCACCAACAGAAUUGGUCAGAACCUGCCAGGAUUUGUCGCCUUCAACCCCCCGACCUCAUGCUCCUCUGCCAGCCUAACCUCAACCUCCUGUAGGGGGAGAUGCAAUGAGAAGUACAACAGUCGCUUUCGCUGCAACUGCAAUACUAACUGCAGUAUAAACUGCUGCAGAGAUUACAGACAGCAUUGUGCCAUGUGAGGUAUGUCAUAUUCCAUGGAUUAUAUGAAAACAGGCUUAAUCACAUCACUUGCAUAUAAGUCAGAUGAUCUUUACCUGCUUGUUCGGAGAUUUUACUUCAUAUGCGUUGCACAGUCAGAAACGAGCACCAAUGCAAACACAGUCAAAGAACUGCUGCACUGACUUCACUCAGGGGUGUAAAUAUUAUGUUCAACUUUUGUUAACAAAGCACUUAGCUCAGUCCAUUAGUAGAAUCCUUUUGUUUUUCUUUUUCUAAAUCAGCAUGUUACCAACCAGAUUAAAUGUAGGCCCAGGCAACUUUUGUUUUCACUUAGCAUUUGCACAUUUCUUUAAAAAAUGUUAUAUAUAUAUAUAACACAAUUACUUGAAAUUUUAAACUGAUUUCUUUCUUUGUGACCACCAUACAUUUACAUUUACACAUUAAGCAGAUGCUUUUAUCCAAAGCGACUUACACAUGAGGAACAAAGCAACAAUCCAACAAUCGUUGUAGUACACAAUGUCAGAUUUAUUAGACAACUAGAUUAGGAAACCAGCUAGAGAACAGAAGUAGUACAGAGAUUGUGUGUGUGUGUGUGUGUGUGAGUGUGUGUGUGUGUGUGUGUGUGUGUGUGUGUGCAUAGGCUUAAGAGUGUGGGGUGAUUAAGUGCUUGCGGAAGUGGUGUGUCAUUUCUGAUAACGAAUAAGUGGAUUUCUUUAAGUUUAACUUUAUUUUUAUUUCACACAAUUUUUGACUAUAUGUAGUGCUUGUAUCAGGGUUUCUACAGACAUGAACAAGUUAAACUGAAGACUUUUUAAGACCUUUUUAAU